AUGACUCUUGAGUCUGCAAUGCAUGCAUUGAAAUCACCGAAAUUAUUUGUUGAAUCCAAAAGAGACGAGUUUGACAAAUACGAAGAAGCUGCUAAAGGAAUAUCAAGAACUGACCAGUACGUACAAUCUCGCACCAGAACUAGAAAUGUGAGGUUGGAUCCGCUCGAUUAUAUGAAAGCACAAGAUGCCAACUUGUCACGAAAAGAUAAAUUUAAAGUGCCAGGCUUUAUCCCAGUGAUCGAUCAGCUAUGUGUUUCUCUUACUGAAAGAUUGCAUGCAUACGAUGAUGUACCUACGUUCAAAAUUUGGAUUUCUCAAUCAUCUAGAGAUGGAUGCUGCAAAUUUGUAUACUGCAGCAGAUGA